AAAAGAGGGCGGAGCUGCGCACAAGUGCUGGCUCCCCGCGGCCUUGGGCUCGGCUCUCUCCGCGCAGGGGUUUCAUGGCUUGCUUCAAUCUUUUGCUAUCUUAGAGCAAUUGCUUCUAAUUUUUGGGCAUCGCCGCCUCAGUUUACAGAAUAGUAUGGAUCUGGUGCCAGAGCCGGGAAAACGAUGCGCAUCGUAAGCCGCAAAACACUGGGCAUCCAGGACAGAAGCCACGGCGUUUGGCUUGGCUGAAGGCCAGUGCGCAUGCGCGAGUUUACCCUUCGCGGACUGAGCGAGCUCUUCUUGCCAGUCCUACCUCCGGGCUUCAGUCUUCGCCGCCUGUUCUGGUCCUUUCCCGGGCUGCUAUUGGAAGAACCGUGAACUAUGGAAGGCCUCUCUGGAUUGGCUGGGCUGGCCCAAGAGUAAGGAGAGCCCUCUUCCUGGCGGUGGGGAAGAGACGGCGGCUAUUGGCGGACGUUCCUGGCAGGAGAGCGCGGAUUGGUCAGGCACGGAGCAGGAGGCGGGGCUGAUAGCCCAGCGGCAGCGGUGGCCGCGGCUGCAGAGCGGGUGUGAGGGGGCUGGACCGCGCUGCAGGCCUCGGCAGGGCGCGGCAAGAUGGAGGUGACGGGGGUGUCGGCACCCACGGUGACCGUUUUCAUCAGCAGCUCCCUCAACACCUUCCGCUCCGAGAAGCGAUACAGCCGCAGCCUCACCAUCGCUGAGUUCAAGUGUAAACUGGAGUUGCUGGUGGGCAGCCCUGCUUCCUGCAUGGAACUGGAGCUGUAUGGAGUUGACGACAAAUUCUACAGCAAGCUGGAUCAGGAGGAUGCACUGCUGGGCUCCUACCCUGUAGAUGAUGGCUGCCGCAUCCACGUCAUUGACCACAGCGGCGCCCGCCUUGGUGAGUAUGAGGACGUGUCCCAAGUGGAGAAGUACACGAUCUCACAAGAAGCCUACGACCAGAGGCAAGACACGGUCCGCUCUUUCCUGAAGCGCAGCAAGCUCGGCCGGUACAACGAGGAGGAGCGGGCUCAGCAGGAGGCCGAGGCCGCCCAGCGCCUCGCCGAGGAGAAGGCCCAGGCCAGCUCCAUCCCCGUGGGCAGCCGCUGUGAGGUGCGGGCGGCGGGACAAUGCCCUCGCCGGGGCACCGUCAUGUAUGUAGGUCUCACAGAUUUCAAGCCUGGCUACUGGAUUGGUGUCCGCUAUGAUGAGCCACUGGGGAAAAAUGAUGGCAGUGUGAAUGGGAAACGCUACUUCGAAUGCCAGGCCAAGUAUGGCGCCUUUGUCAAGCCAGCAGUCGUGACGGUGGGGGACUUCCCGGAGGAGGACUACGGGUUGGACGAGAUAUGACACCUAAGGAAUUCCCCUGCUUCAGCUCCUAACUCAGCCACUGACUGCCCCUCCUGUGUGUGCCCAUGGCCCUUUUCUCUUGACCCCAGUUUAAUUUUAUUCAUUUUUUCCUUUGUCAUUGAUUUUUGAGACUCAUGCAUUAAAUUAACUAGAAACCCAGAAA